UCUUCAGCACAGCGUGAGAGAGAGCGAGAGGGAGAGAGAGAGAGAAAAGGGGGAGGAGAUAAAAAGAGAGGGAGUAAGAGAAGAACAGAAGAGGAGAGGGACAGAAAGAGUGAGCAGGAGGGCUUUACCGGUUAGGAGGAAAAAAAGUUUGAACUCGUUGAUUCUUCUUUCUUGGAGAGCUUUUUGCGCUCUGUUCAGAACAAAGAGUCAGGGGUGUAUGGCAUAGAGGGAGCAGGGAAAGGGAAGUUGCAGGAAUGUUUUAUUUUUUUUAUGGCCAGAGAACUGAACUUACAACAGGAUGACGGGGUGAGAGGGGAACCGGGUGUUGGGAGAGACAGUGAGGGGAAGGGAAGCCUCAGCUAACAGAGAGAUAAACAGAGAGAGGGAGGGAGGGAGAUAGAGAGCGAAAGAGAUAGGGAGGAGUGAUCAUUUCGAUCCACGGUGACCGCACUGCCUUGGGGGGAGAGAGGCAAGGGUCCGUAACUCUGGAGCUGAAGGAUAAACCAUGGACUCUGCACAUUGGUCACUCCACCUGGACUUACACCAUGUACCCUGCUAACCUUCUGAUCCUGAUGGUCCUGCUGCUACCUCAAACCCCUUCGGGUCACCAGGGGGACCUGCCGCCGCCCCCUCCGCAGCCCGGCCUGGCCCAGUCCAUCCAGAACCUCCUGCUGACCCGACUGGGCCUGCGGUCGCGGCCGACACCCCGCCCCGGCACGCACGUGCCUCAGUACCUGCUGGACCUCUACCGCUUCCACUCCCAGCAGUACCACCUGGUCCAGGACCCCCUCUUCGCCUUCCCCGACAGACACGUGCAGGGCGCCAACACCGUGCGAAGCUUUCACCACCUAGAUACAGAAGGCCCCUCCCCACUCCCGUCCAGCAAAUCAGGGACAGUCAGCCGCGUCCACAUCGCCUUCAACGUGUCCUCCAUCCCCAAGGAUGAACGUGUCACCUCCGCCGAGCUCCGCCUCCAGCGGCGAGGGGCGGGCCGGGGGGCCGGCGCUCACAGAGUCCACCUGUACCUCUCCGGGAACCAUGACAACGGCAGUUCCCUGCUGCUGGAGUCCCGCCUGCUCGCUGAAGCGGACACGGAAGUGUCUGACUCCUGGGAGAGCUUCGGUCUGACCUCCGACCUUUUAGAGCGGGCUGCAGGCCAGACGGGCCUCCUGGACUUCCUGCUAGAAAUCACCGCCCUCAACGCCAGCCUCUCCCGCGGGGUCAGAGGUCAAGGGGAGCGGCUGAGGGUGCGGCGCUCCGCCGGGCAGAGGGAGCCCAGCUGGGCGCGAGAGAGACCCCUGCUGGUGACGUACAGCCAUGACGGGCGUGGGCAGCCCCUGGCCCCCCCGGGCGAGAGGCAGAGGAAGAGGAGGAGGGGCAGCACGGGGCGGGAGGCAGGCCGCCGCGGACGGGGCGGGGUCCAGAGCAGGGUGCGGCGGAACGGCGGCCGGGCGGCGAAGCUGCGCCGUCUCUCGCGGGCGCGCUGCCGCCGCCACCCGCUCUACGUGGACUUCAACGACGUCGGCUGGAACAAGUGGAUCGUGGCGCCCAGCGGCUACCACGCCUUCUUCUGCCUGGGAGAGUGCCGCUUCCCCCUGGCCGACCACAUGAACUCCUCCAGCCACGCCAUGGUGCAGACACUGGUCAACUCAGUCAACGGAGCCGUGCCCCGGGCCUGCUGCGUCCCCACUGCCCUCAGCCCCAUCGCCAUGCUCUACCUGGACCAGCACGACCGCGUCGUCCUCAAGAACUACCAGGACAUGGUGGUGGAGGGCUGUGGCUGCCGGUAGCAAGCCCAGAGGGAGACGUUUCGGUAGAGGGAGGGAGGGGGAGGCACUCUCUCUCUCUGUCUGUGAUCGCCAGGAAUACCUUCCCACAAUCCCCCACACCUGAGCAACCCCCACCCCCCCCCCCCCGCUCCGCAGGUGCCCUGCAUGCCCCACCCUGAUGUGGCAGUGGCUGUAGUCAUGGGCUGUAUCUUGUGUUGUGCUUUGUUUACUGUACAACGGUAACCCUGUCUCAAUGUGUGUGCGUCCCUGUGUAUCUGUGCUGCUUUGUCCUCCAUGCUGGUUUCCUGUGAGUCACCUUUCCAAACCUCAUUGCACAGCCAGCCGCACUCGAUCGACUCAGUACGAGAGACGUGAUUGGACGACACUCCUCUUUCAGGGACGGCCCAAAGUGAUUGGGUAUCGCCGCGUGAUUUGACCACCUCAAGCAGCUUCUCGCUCGUCUGACAUUUUUUCACGCCUCAUUGGACGUUUAAUUUUAAUGGGCAACGGUAGAACUCUCAACGGAUCACAUGACCGGCAGAGCUGAGUGGGGGACUUGAUCUGAUAAUGAGGACUGCCCGUGUCAUCUGCAUCAAAGCUAUCUGCUACAACAUAUUUAUAACAGUGUUAAUAAUAAUGAACUAAAAAUGAUAUGGUUUGAAUUGUGUUACUAUUUAAAGAGACAUUUUAUUUCAUUUUUCUUUUUCUGGCGCAGAGAAAACUCAUAAAGGCUUAGAGGACAGAGACAUACUGAUUGAAGUCAUUAAUUCAAUCUUUAAAUACACAGCCCAUUUAAAUAUUUAAUGAACAAACAUGAACAGAUAAUUAUUAACAGUGUCCGCAGGGCCCUAACUAUGACAAAAAGACCUGUUGUACCAGAAUAAGAACUUUGACCAAACUCCAUGACCACAAAAUGACAGAAACAUUGUUUGAAUGCUUGUGUUUUUCGUUUGUUGUUUUGAAUGUCAAAAUAGUCAUUAGUUGUUGCAUCACUGUCAAAAAAUGGUCAAGAUUGGAGUUCAGCUGAUAAUUUAAUUUGCUAGGUUUUUGAUCAGGGUUUUAUAUGACUUUAUAAAUAUGGCGUGAUCUGUCUUGAAGUAAUGUAUGUGUUCACAUGAUGUCUCACCAGCACCAUCAGAAUCGCAUCAGAAACUGUGGCCGUUUCAAUGUCAUUUGUGGCUUUUCUAAUCAAUGUGAUUCGCCUGGGCUCUAUAACAAUUACGGGCUGACAUCUCAGAUUGUCCCGACUGUCCGCUUUCUCCAAAUAAUCGCAAAAGCAAAGAUCUGUACUUAAUGCCUGUGUCACGUGGAUGUACAAGAUAUCCCCUUAAUGGAAUAUAUUUUAGCCUGACACAGCUGUUAUUCCAAAUAGCUGCAUUUAUCCAAAUAUACUGUAAACAACUGUACAGAGUGUGAAAUGGCUUGAAAAACAAGCUGGUAUAUAUGUAAUAAACACCAAGCAGAGAACAA